UCUUUGCGACCUUCACCUUCCCUUGUGUAGUUGCGUGUGUAUAAAUAUACACACACACACUCAGACCUCAGACCUCAAUGGUUACAGAAACCCCCAUACUUGCCAUAAUCAAGUAGUGGAAGAGUUAAUCUGCGCGCGCGCGACUCAUGGGAGGCGCAAGGUGGUGCCUUGGUGCUGAACUCUGGACGCCCAAGGUCAAGGUACACUCCUCGGCCUCCUGUUCGUCGCAGCAGCGGCUACUCCUACAAGACAAGCCGGCCGCCGGUGCUCCUCCGGCUGCGGCGGCGGCCGGCGAAGGCCAAGUCGUCAAAGACCAAGGGGAAGGGGAAGAGCACAGGAGCCAGCAGAGGGAGGUGUUCACCAUCUGGAUGAAGUCGCUGGUGCUCAACGGGAGCGGCUGCACGGUCUUCGACUCCCGCGGCCGCAUCGUCUACCGCGUCGACAACUACGGCUCCCACCGCUCCGUGGACGUGUGCCUCAUGGACAUCACGGGGAGCGUGGUGCUCCAGGUCCUCAAGAAGUUCCGGAGGUGGGAGGGGUACAGGUGCGGCGGGUGGGAGGAGCCCGACCAGAGUGCGCCGUGGUUCACGGUGGUAAGCAACAAGUGGGGCCGCGGGCCGCGCUGCGAGUUCAGGAGCGACGGCCACGCGGUGCGCUACAAGAUGGACGGCGGCAGGCGGCGGCAGCAGGCGGCGCGCGCCUCGUGGAUCGUGGACGACGCCACCGGGCUGGCGGUGGCGGAGGUGAAGAGGAAGCUGACGGCGACGGGGGUGUCCCUGGGCGAGGACGUGCUGACGCUGGUGGUGGAGCCCAACGUGGACCACUCGCUCAUCAUGGGGCUCCUUGUGGUGCAUGGCCUCAUAAACCACUCCAUGUGAGCAUCGCACCGUACGUGCAGCAGGGACAGGGUGUAAUUAUCUUGUUAGAUGCAUGCUCAGAUGCAUCCUGCAGAUCAGUGUAAUUUCUUUCUUGCACUGCUGUUUCUUCUUUCUUUCUUUCUUUCUUUUUUCGAUAAGGUUUCUUCUUUCUUUGGAAAACCUUGUGGCGUGAUUAUACAGUAUUUGUUUAGGCAUGAGGUCUGCCAAUCAAUUAAGCAAGAAUAAGUUUAUGUUCAAUCA